CAACUUCUAAGCAACAAAGCUCUUUUCUUUCUUUUUCUCACUUUUUCCAUCAUAUUUUUUCAUUUCUCGUUCUUCUCUCUUCAGGACUCUCAUUGAUUGCCAAAUCGAACGAGCAAUGGCGUCCCGAAACGUGGGUGGAUCGCAAGGUUUUGGUAGACAGAGCAUCAUAAUGACGAGUGGGAGCGCGAUGAAGUCGAGACAGUUGACACAUCUUCACUCCCAGCUGGAGCAAUUAUCAGCCAACCUAGCGGACACGGAAAACUUGUUGAGAAUGACGAGCGUGCAGGCUGAAGCCAUGAGAGGGUUGGGAAGCUGGCACGGCGGCCUAUUCAUGGCUGCGAGUAAAGUGCUUGGGGAGGAGAGUGUCAAAGAAGUUGGAAAGUGAUGGCUGUGCGUUUACGGAGCUGCUUUUCUGUUGGAAUUGGUAUGGAAUGGAUGGGGGAUUCACGGGAUACGGGAUGAUUUUAUGAAUGAAUGUGUUGAGUUUUGUUUUCUUGCUUGAGAUUCAGCUUUCGCUGGGCUAUAGAUUGAGCGACAAAUGCUAUUUAUUAUUACAAGUUUUGU